UUUGGACUAAACUAUUUCAGUUGUAAAACGUAAUGCAACAGACGCGACAUUUUGCAACAGAAUCUGCGUAAUGAAUACAACACAGGCGUAGUUGCUUGAUAAAUCUCCAGCUGUAGAUUGUUUACUUAUCUUCAUAACGCAACAUAUUUGGUGGCCAGGCAUAAUGUCCUAUUACAGAGGUUCUGAAUCUAAGAGGGAACAAUUUCGAAGGUAUCUCGAAAAAGCGGGUGUUCUUGACACUCUCACCAAUGUGUUGGUGGCCCUAUACGAAGAGACAGAGAAACCUAAUAAUGCUUUGGACUUUCUAAAGCAUCACCUAGGUGUGGCUGGUGUGGAGACAGCAGAUGCCGAGGCCCUCCGUUUGGGGCUGUCUGAGCUACAGCAGAAGUGUGAUCUGCUCAUGGAGGAAAACAAAGAACUCAGAAAGAGGCUUCUGCAGUAUGAACCAACACCUGAGGAUGGAGCAGCGGAGUAAUGUAGUUGGUUGAAUUGUUCUAUUUUUUUCACUGUUUGGAAGGGGCGCUUAAUGUGAAGCCAUAAUUUCUUUAUAUAUAUAUAUAUAUAUUAUGGCAAUGUAAUUUUGUUUAAGUAGUAAAUGUGGCUUUUGUGUACAGGCACUUCCUUUGUUACCAUUACCUCCAAUAAGUCAAUAAAUACUCUUGCAGGAAA